AUGUCGAGGCUCUACAGCCUGCGCAGGAUCCUCAUCCCCAACCAGCAUGGGUCACGUCACCCGCAGGACCACAUUUCCUGGGGAGGUAGUGAGAAGAUGAAGCAUCUCUCAUCCGGGGAGCUGAAAAGGACCAUCGGGCUCUGGCCCUGCGUGUGCAAGGUUACACGGAGCCCCCAGCUCAGUACGGGCAGCUACAGUCUCCGGCAGAAGCGCCUGUCCCAGGAGAUGUGGUGCAGACGUGGCUGUUCCAGGGUUCCCUUCAAUUGCUGUAGUAACCUGGGUCCGGGGCCUCGGUGGUGCUCCGAUGUCCCUCACCCACCCCUGAAGAUCCCAGGUGGGCGAGGGAAUAGUCAGAGGGAUCACAAUCUUUCAGCUAAUUUAUUUUAUUCGGAUAAUCGGCUGAAUGUAACAGAAGAACUAACAUCUAAUAACAGGACAAGAAUUCUGAAUGUCCAGUCAAGGCUUACAGAUGCCAAACACAUUAGUUGGAGAGCAGUGCUGAACAACAACAACCUCUAUAUAGAGAUUCCCAGUGGUGCUCUGCCUGAAGGGAGCAAAGACAGUUUUGCAGUUCUUCUGGAGUUUGCUGAAGAACAGCUUCGAGUUGAUCAUGUGUUCAUUUGUUUCCACAAGAACAGAGACGAUAGAGCUGCAUUGCUCCGUACUUUCAGCUUUUUGGGCUUUGAGAUUGUGAGACCAGGGCAUCCCCUUGUCCCCAAGAGAUCAGAUGCUUGCUUCAUGGCCUACACGUUUGAGAGAGACUCAUCAGAAGAAGAAUAGAUUGCAAUGUUUGCCUCUUAGAGCUUUCUUGUUGUCUAUAAAGAUGAUCUGUAGAAAUUUUGUCAACAUCUAUUACAGUAUAUAUCAUAACUCUGUACGAAACGUUGUGACCAACUGCUCUGGUGGUGAGAUGUUGAAAAUUUCAGACUCCACAUCUUUUUCUGGAUUUGUGCGCAUGUUGUGGUUGUGCAAAUAAAUGCUCCCUCCAAAUUAGCAGUAUAUUUCUUGAAGUUUAAUAUUGUGUUUGUGAUACUGAAGUAUUUGCUUUAAUUCUAAAUAAAAAUUUAUAUUUUACUUUUUAUUGCUGGUUUAAGCUGUUUAAGACUUGCACUCUGAAGAGAGGUGGCUCUGGAACUGCCCCAGCCAUUAAAGUUGCAGGUAUGGAAAGGC